CUAUUUGUGAAACUCUAAAUAUUGAACAAAAUAAUUUUGAAAUAAUUCGAAGUACAGAAUUAUUACGUCAAGAAAUUAAGUAUGAAGAUACAAUAAUUGAAGAAAUGGCUAAGCUGAUUCGCAAUAUUGAAGAUAGUAAAUUAAUUAUAUAUUGUGCACGAAAAAAAGAUUGUGAAGAAAUAAGAGAUUUUCUUCAAGUAAAUUUGCCUAAUUAUUCAUUAGACAUAUAUUAUAGAGAAAAUCCACAACUUACUAAUGCUCUUUUAGAAAUUUUAAAAAUGUUAGAAGUAGUUGAGGUAUUAACAAAGAAUAAUUUAACAGAAGUCUUAUUUGAUGAUGUUGUUGAUGUAUUUAGCAGAUCAAAUACUGAUAAAAUUCGAAAAAAUGGGUAUAAUGAGCUUACAUUACAAAGAAAUACAAAGGAG